AUGGAGAAUACGUGCUUCAGAGAUUCUCUCUGGCUUCAGGAGAAUAUUCUGACGAAGGAUACAGUCACAGAGUACUUCUCAUACUCCCAGUUCUACGAUAAGAACUGCAAUAAUGAAGUGCUUAAGAUGCAGAAUAUUCAUCAGAGCGCGCAAGACCUAGAGACUUUCUUGAGUAAAAUGUGCGGGGUGCAGUACACAAUCACAUACGCGUUAGAGCCAGCUCUCUUUAUUAUUAAGAAAUGUGAAAGGCUUUCUCCUGAAAAAGUCAGAGUUAUUGACUACUUCUACGUAAUGAACGGAACAGUCUACCAGGCACCAACCGAGAAAGAAGUCUUUUCCACGCGAUACACAAACAUUCUAUUCUCAAUGUUCAGCUCAUUAGAGAAUAUGCCGUUUCUUGUGCGAGCUCCGUCUGCGCAGACUGAAAAAAGAAAGGGUGUAAGCAUAGGGCGCAUGUCUGGCCUGUUUAAUGCGUACGCAGCAGAUUAUAUGGAGAAUAAACAGCCAUAA